CUGUCUUGAAAAUAUUAUUAAGAAGCGAAAAAAUAGAAACAGAAAAGAUUUUAAUUUUUUUUAUUUAGUGUCGGUGAAUUCCGAAACCUUCUCUUAUAUCUUCUCCUCACGUCUUUAAACUCUCCUCGCUCCGCAUGUAACCGCCUCGCCGUCAAUUUCCAUCAGAUCUCUCUUUCUUACGAUUUUUUUUUGUUUAAUUUUCUCGAGAAAAAAUCAGAUCGCGAGAAGAAGAAAACGUCGAUGAUUCCGUGAAAAAUUUCUCGAAUUUUUGUUUUUUUUUUGAUUUUUUUCGGAGGCGGUUAUGGAGACGGGAGCGAAAGUAACGGCGGUGACGGCGACGGUUACGGCGGCGAUGGCGACGAGGAAGAGAGAUCUCAAGCCGUACAAAGGAAUACGUAUGAGGAAGUGGGGAAAGUGGGUGGCGGAGAUUAGAGAACCGAACAAGCGAUCGAGGAUCUGGCUCGGUUCUUACUCUACGCCUGAAGCGGCGGCGAGAGCUUACGACACCGCCGUUUUAUGCCUCCGUGGUCCUUCGGCGAGGCUUAAUUUCCCGGAACUUUUGACCGGAGCCACGGUUUCAAACGGCGUUGGAGAAGGAGAUAUGUCGGCGGCGUAUAUAAGGAGAAAAGCGGCGGAGGUUGGUGCUCAGGUGGAUGCGCUUGGAGCGACGGUGGUUGUGAAAUCCGGCGAGAGUAUUAUCGGUGAUUACGAGGAUAAGGAGAAUCGUGACGGAGUUAAGAGCGGUAACGGGUCAUUGGAACGGGUCGAUUUGAAUAAAUUACCCGACCCGGAAAAUUCGGAUGCUGACGAGUGGGUGAAGAGAAGAUGAAGGCCAAAAAAAUUAAAAAAAAAAAAGUAGUUGUAGAAGGAGAAUGUUUGUCUCUAUGAUGCGCAGUGAUCACUAACUUACGCAUCGAUUUUUUUCCUUAGUUUAAUAAUCAUCUUCAUGUUUUGUUGUUUUCAUCCUCGGGCAAAAAAAUAAUUUAAACCCAACUCUUAAAA